AUGACACUGAUCAGCGUGUUCGUCACUUCUCCCGAUACACACUCGGAACGUCGUUUAGAUAUUUCCUUCACGAUCAGUCAACUAAAAGAUAAACUUGUGCCCAUAACUGGUAUAUCCCCGCAUUAUCAAGUUCUCUCGCUCUACGCAUCAAGUGAAGGAGUAUCUGCCGGCUCAGCAAUUGCUAAUCUGAGCGAGGAAGGGAAAACAUUAGUUGAAUAUGGAAUAAAAGAAUGGCAAUGUAUCAAAGUAGAGAACACAGACCCAAAUUACAAACCAGGAGAGUUCACAGAUGAAUCUAACUUGGAGAGAUUCGAGCUGUCUAACGAGGAAUAUGAAUCCAGGCGAGAUACCGUCUUAACACACCUAAAGGAAAACAAAUUAGGUCGAUUCGCACCUACACCAACUAAUCUAACUUGCCCACCUCCUCCUCCGACCUCUUAUGACUCUUCAAUAGUAUCAGGAGCGAGAUGUGAGAUAUCCCAUUCUGAUAACGGAUCAGGUAGGAGAGGUACAGUUAAGUAUGUGGGAGAAGCAAGUAUAGGGAAAGGUGGAGUUUGGGUAGGUGUGGAAUUGGAUGAACCUACCGGUAAAGGUGAUGGAGAAGUGGAAGGUAAACGAUACUUCACUUGUUCACCCUUACAUGCAACUUUCGUUCGUCCGGAUAAAGUUACAAUAGGCGACUUCCCAGAAGAAGACUUGUUGGGAUCAGAUGCAGACGAAAUAUAA